AGUUGGGGCACCAGGGCGCUGCAGUUGUUACAAAGAGGUGAGUCCUCCGCUAUAAACAAACUGCACAAUAACAGCAGCUGGGAUCGCAGCGUAAAUAGUGAAGCAUAAUGGGCAACACAAGUGAUAGGGUGUCUGGAGAUCGCCAUGGAGCCAAAGCCCACCGCUCGGACAGUAGCGGCAGUCACAAAGACCAAGAACACAGCAGCAAGAUGGUGGACAGCACAGAUGACCCCAACAUCUUCAACACCCAUGGGCCUGAGUCCAAGGCAUUAGGAGAGAAAGAAUUCACCCCAGAUCUGGAUGACCUGGUGAAGCCUGGUCCUCAGGCUCGACCCACUGUGAUCCGAUGGGCAGGUGGAGGGAAGGAGGUCUACAUAGCUGGUUCCUUUAAUAACUGGGGCACAAAGAUACCGCUAAAUAAGAGUCAUAAUGACUUUGUAGCGAUCCUGGACCUGCCUGAAGGAGAGCACCAGUACAAGUUUUUUGUAGAUGGGCAGUGGGUCCACGAUCCCUCUGAGCCAGUGGUAACCAGCCAGCUCGGCACCAUCAACAACCUGAUCCAGGUGAAGAAGUCUGACUUUGAGGUGUUUGAUGCCCUGCAGGUCGACUCUCUGGAGUGCUCAGACACAUCAGAUCUGUCCAGCUCCCCUCCAGGUCCAUAUGGACAGGAACAGUACAUCUUCAGACCCGAGGAGCAUUUCAAAGCCCCACCAAUACUCCCUCCUCACCUCCUUCAAGUCAUACUCAACAAAGACACCAAUAUAUCUUGUGACCCUGCCCUGCUGCCUGAACCCAACCACGUCAUGCUAAAUCACCUGUACGCUCUCUCAAUAAAGGAUGGAGUGAUGGUGCUGAGUGCGACUCACAGAUACAAGAAGAAAUACGUCACUUCUCUGCUUUACAAGCCUAUCUAAUCCUCAGCUUGGGUGCUCCACAGUGCUUUUAGAAAGCAGCCUGUUUGUAUUCUGCUGUUUCUUGUUGUUUUUUGUAUCAUUGCAUUUAGCCAAAUCUUGCACUGAAACAAGUUUACAGGUGAGCUCAAGGCCGUGACUUUGGCUUGGUUUUUUUAAAAGGUUGCACUUCUGUCUACAUAGGGCUGUGAACAAAAGUAGCGAAGUGUGUGUGAGUAGGGUCCCAGCAAGAGAUGAAAACCAUACUGUGGCUUUUACAUUUGACAUCUACAGACGGAUAAGAGACUGAUUAAAUCACUGUGUGUAUCAUGUGUGUUUGCUGCACAAUGUGAUUAUAUGCAUGUUCGUGUGUAAAAAGCAGAUUUUUUUUUUUGGGUCCGUAUCCAUAUCAUAUGUCACCUUGGCAGGUAGAGGAUCUGUAAGUGAUCUGUUUCAUGAAUGCUCUCAGUGAGUGAGGGAUACUGAGUGUUUCUGGUGGGGAUUGACAGUUUGAUUUUAAAGUGUUGUGUCGUCAUAUCCACCUUUUAACUGAUUCAGUUAAGUGUUUAACUAACUGACUUGACGUUUCUCUUGGAAAUUGCAAGCAGAAUCACAGACUGACUUGAUGGGGUCAUUUUCGAGAUGCUUAAGAGAGCAGCAGACUUGGCUUUGCUUGAACAUGAAGUGCAAUAACCUGUUGAAGAAAAGUACCGCAUUUUGUUCAGGAGGUAGCAGUGAACAGAAUCUGACAUUGUCAAUACACAGUAAAUAAGUUGAAUUUCUCAUUUUGUUUAUGUAAUUGUUACUAUAGAUGGAGUACUUAUCUGUUUCAAGAGGAAAACCCGCUUUACAAAAGGUUUAUGGUGGUCAAAGGUCAAUGUUUAGUUCUGUUGUUGCCUUUAUCUUGACAUAAUGUUGCGAGCACUUUACCAUCCUGUGAGCAGGAGUGUCGAUAGAAGCUUUUAACUAUGCAGCAGACAACUCUUGUACUGUAGUUUCUCUGGACUAUAGAACCCAAUUUGUGCUUCUUUUUUUUUUUAUAUAAUGAACUUUCAGUGCUUUAUAAUGUGUGUGCAUCUGUAUUGAGUUCUGUUUAUCAAAUAGAAAUGUACUGUAUGUUACAUGUAUAGUCAUACACAGAGGCGUGUGCACCCAAACUGUUUCAACUUGCUGGUUUGCCUGUAUUGAAUGUCUAAAAGAUACAAGGAGAUGACACUCUUACAUGUUCAGAAGCAGAUCGCGACCGCACACACCUCAAAAUGUGAUCAGAGGCACACAUAAACAGGGCUAUGAGGAUAAGUAGUUGCCAUGAAAUUAAAUGUUGUACAAAGUUUGCUCACGUGUGUGUGCUUUAUAACCAUUUAAGCUCAUCUGUAUUUUGAGGUAUGGUGGCUUUAAAAGUUAUUUUUGUCUCUUGUAAGUUGUGUUGUUUAAUUGUCUGCAGUUGCAGUACAGUAUAUACCCCCAGUUGAUAAACUCUACAGAACUAAGAAGGGGCUUUCAUGAAUCCUGUUGGUGAUCAACUAGACACUGAAAGUAUUUUGUGAAUGUUGAGCCUAGCCAUGCAGUUUUGUCCAAAGAGGUUUUAAGACUUACAGAUAUGAUAAGGGAGUAUGGACAAACGCUGUAGAAAUGGUGAUUUAAGGCUAAAACCAAAACUUGAAUUUUACAACCAUUUCAUGAAUGUUUUAAAAUGCUUUGCAGAGCCAGUGUGAUGACUCACUGUAUGAAGUUUUAUUUGUUUGCAAAUAAAGA